AUCGUAACAUCAUAUCUCUCACGCCCUGAAAAAGCAGGUGGUGAGAAGUUUAAGCGGAGAGAGAGCCACGUCGUCUAUUACUUUGUAUCGCGAAGAAUCCUCCCAAUCAAAAAUGUCAGACUUAUGGGAUGACUUGGAGAAUUUUGCUCGUGCCCCCUCUUCUUCCACAGCAGCGCCAGGAGAGAGAGGCACCAUUAAAGCCAAAGCUAACUUCAACGUCAGUGAAGAUGUUGCAGCUCUCCGUAAAGCAAUUGAAGGCAUAGGUACAACUGAGAAGACAUUGAUAGACAUUCUGACUCACAGGAGCAGCAGUCAGAAGCAGGCUAUUUCAAAGGCAUACCUAGAAACCACAAAUAGGAUUCUUGUUAAUGACCUGAAAGGCGACACCCAGGGCAGCUUGGAGGACCUGCUUGUUGCGCUCGCAAGACCGCUUGCUGUCAAUGAUGCUAAAUGGCUAAUUGAAGCAAUCAAAGGGGCUGGGACGGACAACAGCAUCCUGAUAGAAAUACUUGCCUCACGGACAAAUAAACAGAUCAAGGAACUGUCUGCCGCAUACGCUGAGGAAACAAAGAAAACGCUGAUACAGAAGCUAAAGACAGAGGUUUCAGGGGAUUUUGGCAAAGCCAUCCUACUGCUUGCCGAGGGUGCGAGGGAUGAAAGCACCAAUGUGAAUGCAGACAAGGCUAGAGAGGAUGCAAAGGCUCUCUAUCAUGCAGGCGAGAAGAAACUGGGAACUGAUGAGUCCAAGUUCAUUGAGAUCCUCUGUAAAAGGAGCAUCCCUCACCUGAGACAAACAAUACUGGAAUAUAAAAACAUCAGUGGCAAGACUUUGCAGAAGAGCAUUGAGAAGGAAAUAUCUGGAGAUCUGGAGGAACUGCUGGUUGCCAUUGUAAAGUGUGUGAUGAGUACUCCUGCAUACUUUGCUGAAAAAGUCUACAAAAGCAUGAAGGGAGCAGGUACAGAUGAAACCACUCUGACCAGAGUAAUGGUCAGCCGUGGAGAGAUUGACAUGCUGGACAUCAGAGCUGAAUUCAAGAAGCUCUAUCAGAAUUCACUCUUCAAGGAAAUAAGUUCAGAUGUAUCUGGCAGCUAUAGUGACUCCUUGAAGAUGAUUUGUGGAGAAGACUAGCCUGUUUACAAAAGAAUUGAGAUGCUUCAUAAAAUGGUUUCUUUAAUAGCAUUUUUCCAGCUGUCUUAGGAAAUAAAUAACUUAUAUUUAAAGUUUACUGCAAAUAAAGGUAUAGAGUGAGAUUCAUUAUAAUUUAUGAUAUUAAAAAUAUACUUUUGUUUUUUGUCUAGAUCAUAACUGAUCAUAAGACUUUUUGGUAGUGAAUGGCGCCUCGCAACAGCAGGCAUGACUUUAAUAGUUACUUGAAAACAUCAAACAUUAAAAUUGUGCUGACGAAAUCAUGAAUGUUAAAAUUAGAAACUAAAUUAUGCAUAUUUUAUGAAAUUCCAUCAUUUUGUUCUAGAAGUUUUCAUUUUUUGAGAUUAAAAAACCUUUUAAUUUUUGUCCUUCAUACAUUAUGUGCAUCAGCAGCGUGUUUUAAUAGACUGGAAACUACCACUACAGAUUUGCUGUCAGUCUGGUGACUCCAUUGAAAUGCCAAAGGAUUUGUUAUUUUAACACUUAACAACAAAAUGUAUUUUUUGUUUCAUGUGGGUUUCUUUUUUCUUUCCCCCCAUUAUUAAGUCUCAAACCCUUUUCGCAAAAAAGUUUCAAAAGUUUUUCAAAUGUCAGUUUUUGGUGCUAUCAUUUAUGAUAAAAUAAUCAACAUGAUGCCUGUAUUUGUACCUUUUAACAAUGAAAUAAAUUAAUAAACAUAUACC